UGUGGAAGAGCUCGAUAUGGGGCCAGGCAUUUCUGGGCUAACCCCCUGUUCGUAUUACAUACCUACUUAACUGUGAAUCGUGCAACUCCCACACCUCCGACCGGACGAACGAACGAACGACGUCGAAAGGAAGCCACCCACGAACGCACAUUCCUGCAUCUGUUUUUGAAUCCGUAUCACAUCUUCACGUUUUCCCAAGCAAGUGUUGAUCCGUCAAGAUGUUGAUCAAGGUGCGAACGUUGACCGGCAAGGAGAUUGAGCUCGAUAUCGAAAACGAAUACAAGGUCUCACAGAUCAAGGAAAAGGUGGAGGAGAAGGAGGGCAUCCCCCCCGUUCAGCAGAGGUUGAUCUAUGGCGGCAAGCAAAUGGUCGAUGACAAGUCCGCAUCCGAGUAUGGCCUCGAGGCCGGUGCCACAUUGCAUCUGGUCCUUGCCCUGCGUGGUGGCAACUGAAUCGGCUAGCCGGAAAACGAGUACCGGCCAAAGGUGAAUAACGUCUCGAUGACUCUCUAGCCCCAAGAACAAUGGCGCGGCACUGGAGUGGCUAGGCUGCUGAUGAAACGAGACAUGCCUGCCAUCUCUUGUUCGAGGAAGAACGGCUCUUGCAGUCACUCGGUUAAGGGCAAUUUGAUAGACACAGUGACGAACAUGAACAGACUCGCACUUGGGUGCUGGAUCUGGACAGGGGUCCACACAUAAGCAAAUAUGACUAGGAAGACACGGCGAUAGAACAUCCGCCCACUAGGAACAAAUGUCGGUGGUUCAAUGAUGCAUGCAUU